CGUCACACAGCACAUUCAUUCACAUGCGGAGCAAGCUGUUGUAAGAGUAGGAACUAGGAAAAAUGGGGAAACUAAAUGUAUCGAUGCUUCGUUACCUAUCAAAAGAGGACUUUCGUGUUCUUACAGCACUUGAAAUGGGCAUGAAAAACCAUGAGAUAGUCCCAUCAAACUUGGUUGCAUCAAUUGCCAAUCUCCGUCACGGAGGAUGUCAUAAAGUCCUAAAGGAACUUGUCAGGAAUAAACUCAUUGCUUGGGAGCAUGGAAAAGUAUCUGGAUAUCGGCUAACCUAUCCAGGGUAUGACUAUCUUGCAUUGAAAGCUCUUGUUGCACGAGAUGCAGUGGCAUCAGUUGGAAAUCAAAUAGGAGUUGGCAAGGAAUCAGAUAUUUACAUUGUUGCCAAUGACAAUGAUGAACAGUUGGCACUCAAGUUACAUAGACUUGGGAGGACAUCAUUUCGCAAGCUGAAAGAGAAGCGUGACUAUCUUGGGAAGAGAAAGAGCGCAUCUUGGCUUUACUUGUCUCGUCUGGCUGCUAUGAAAGAGUUUGCAUUCAUGAAGGCUUUGUAUGACCAUGGCUUUCCUGUGCCAACACCAAUAGACUUCAGCAGACACUGUGUGGUCAUGGAACUAAUGAAUGCAUAUCCAUUAAAUCAAGUUCACACAUUAGAUGACCCUGCCUCAGUCUACGAUGACCUCAUGAACCUCAUUGUUAGGUUAGCUAAUCACGGUCUCAUUCAUGGCGAUUUCAAUGAGUUCAAUCUCAUGCUCGAUGAUCAGGAUCAAAUCACCCUCAUUGACUUCCCACAGAUGGUCUCUACAUCUCAUGAAAAUGCAGAAUGGUAUUUCAAUCGUGAUGUUCAGUGUGUCGUGGAUUUCUUCAACAGAAGGUUCAAUUACAAGAGUGAACUCUAUCCAAAGUUUUCAGAUAUUACAUGUGAAAAAACUUUAGAUGUGGAUGUAGCUGCAAGUGGUUUCUCAAAAGAGAUGGAACAAUCACUAGAAGAGGGCACUGAUGCAUUGAAGAUGGAUGGGGAUUGUGAAGAUGAUGAAACAGAUGAAGAGGAUGAGGAAGAGGAGGGAGUUGUAGAAGAGAUGAAGAACCCUCAUGAUGGACUCCAAGACAGUGGUAGUGAAGACAAAAAUAGUGAAGAAGUUCAAUCUAUCAGGGAAGAUGAUACAGGUGGUAUGUCAGGUGUAGGACAAGACAAUGAUGAUCAAGAGCAUUGCAUUAUGGUAAUGGAUGGGAAUGAGCAAGAACAGAGUGGAAAAGAAAAAGAAAAUCACAGCGAUGAUGACGACGAUCUUGAAGACAUUGGUGCAUCUAACAAGCAGUACAGACCGCAUAGGAGUGAGGCUAGCAUGUCAAAGGCCAAUGCUCACUCACUGAAUGCCCGGUCAAGAAAUAGCGAUAGCAUCAGCUCCUACACAUCUACUUCCUCGACAAUGAACCCUGCCCUUGUAAGGUCAAAGGUCAGGGGCAACUUGAAGAAGAAGCAGAAGGCAGCUGUAAGGCACAGGUUAGCAAGGAAAGGGGAAGCAUCACAAACAACUGCAAAGAGGAGGGAAAAUAGAGACACUGUUAAUCAGAGUCUUGGUUCAAUCUGGUCAUAAAGAAAGAUGUUUAUAGUCAUAGAUACAGAUAUGUUUGAUGGAGAAACAAAAUAAUACUUGUAGGUUAUAAACAUAAGAGAACCUAGGAAGAAUCCUUAAAAAUUUUGAUUGAAUUGUUGAUACAUAGACCUUCAUGGUGAAAAUAUUUAGGAAUAAAACACCUCACACGAGAGUAGAAACAUCAUGAUUCAAUGACUGAUGUACCGUUAUAUCUGAAAAGUGUUUAGUGAAUUUGUUACCAAUGAGCCUUAUUUAUAGCGAAAAAAAUUAUUAUCAUUAUCACUUAAAUGUAGUAAAUGUAUAUUCAGUAAUCUGUGAUGAAAAAUUAUCAUAACAAAACAAUACAGUGUAUCUUUAUUCAGAGAUGCCGCUGAGAGUUAUGAAACUUCAUAGCAGAGCUUCCCCGGCAUUCCGAGGGAGUUUCAAAGCACAGCUCUGCAGCUCUACUUGUCACACCAUACCAACAGAAUGUGCACAAAAAAAAGGAUUUUUAUAGUGCAGGCAGGACCAUUGCCAUCAUAAUAUAGCACAUACACAGCACUGAUCUGUACAGUAAUACACAGGGCCCUGCAUGUAUGCACA